UGGUUCUUCAAUGAAUCCCAAGCGUCUUGUGCCCCAUUCGAAUACUUGGGUUCUGGCGGAAAUAUGAAUCGAUUCGUUGAUGAAGUUACUUGUAUGCGUGCUUGUGGAACCGAAUACGUUGGUGCUGUUCAUGGUGAAGCUUACCAUAGAGCAGGAGAGGAAGAUGUUAGUGCUGUUCAUGGUGAAGCUCACCAUACAGCGGGGGAGGCCAAUCAUGCAUUAUGUGACUUGCCUUUACAAUCCGGGAAUGGCACUUUCAGAAUACCACGGUUUUAUUUUAACAAGGGUGAGGAGAAAUGCGAACCGUUCGACUAUACCGGUGAUGGUGGGAAUGGGAAUCGUUUUCUAACGGAAGAGGAUUGCGAGCAGCUUUGCUUUGCAAAUCGGUACGAAAAAGAACUUGGUUUUCCCCAGGGAGAUGAUAGUAAGUUGACGUUCUUUGCCCUUUACCAAAAACGCGCUACCUGCUCCGUCAGUAAAGGGUACCACUACGCACAUAUAAUAUGGUAUGGUAUGAUAUGGUAUGAUAUGGUAUGGUAUGGUAUGGUAUGGUAUGGUAUGGUAUGGUAUGGUAUGGUAUGGUAUGGUAUGGUAUGGAUCAUCUUCAUUGUGCUAUGUAUUGUGGUGUUCCUUCUGAUAAUUAUUUUGAUUCCCGUAUUGAUCUGCUGUGUUAUGUUGGCGACAAAGAAAGGAAGAGCCGCAGCUGGAUUAAGUGCUGCAAGCGGAAAACCGACAACCAACAAAUAUGCCAAGAAGUCCAAGAAACCUACAAAAGGUGCUAAAGCGAAAACAAAAUGA